AUGUGUUCCAAAAUCGAUACAACGGUCUAUCCGGGCAACAUCAUCAACAAUGAGUUUGUCCCAACGGCCAAAACACUUCAUUGCAUCAACCCGUCCACAGGAGAGACCCUAUGGGAGGUUCCCUGCGCCACCAGAAGUGAUGUCGACAAGGCUGUCCAACAUGCCCGAACGGUCUUCAAGAGCUGGUCUAGAGUUCCAUUCGACAGCCGAGCAAAGAUGCUUUUCGCCUACACGGAUGCCAUCGAAGCUGAACGCGAAGAGCUCGAGAAGCUGCUCGUCAAAGAGUCGGGUAAGCCUCUCGAGCUCGCCAAGACCGAGUUCGACAUGAGCUUGAGAUGGCUGCGAGAAUUUGCCACCAUGGAGGUCAAGGAUGAGGUACUUGAUGAUAACGAAGACCGGACCAUAACCCAGACCUUCCCUCCUCUGGGCGUGUGUUGCGGAAUUGUUCCAUGGAAUUGGCCUGUUCUCCUUGGACUUGGUAAAAUUGGCCCGGCGCUCAUUACUGGAAACGUCAUAAUAGUCAAACCAUCACCUUUUACACCAUAUUGCGACUUGAAGCUCGGUGAGAUUGGAAGCAAGAUUUUCCCGCCGGGUGUCCUCCAGGUUAUCAGCGGCGACGAUAGUCUUGGGCCAAUGCUUACAGAGCACCCAGAUAUCGAUAAGAUCACCUUUACCGGAUCAAUCGAGACAGGUAAGCGAGUUAUGCAAAGCUGCGCAAAGACCCUGAAGAGUGUGACGCUCGAGCUCGGAGGUAAUGACCCAGCUAUUAUCUGCGAUGAUGUUGAUAUCGACGCCAUCGUGCCCAAGAUAGCAACACUUGUCUUCCUCAACUCGGGCCAAAUCUGCAUGUUAAUCAAGCGCAUUUACGUUCAUGAGAACAUCUACGACAAGUUCCGCGAUGCGUUUGUUACUUAUGCAAAGACCAUCAAAGUUGGCGAUGGGUUUGAGCCCGAUGUGCUUAUCGGCCCUCUCCAGAACUCGAUGCAAUACGAAAAACUCAAAGACUUGUACAUGUCGGUCGUCACAAACAACUGGAAGCUGGCAUUGGAGGGACGCAUCGUAUCAGAGUCAAAGGGAUACUUUGUUACCCCUUCCAUUAUUGACAACCCCCCUGAAGAUUCAAAGAUCGUUGUCGAAGAGCCUUUCGGGCCCAUCGUCCCACUUCUCAAGUGGUCCAGCGAGGAUGAAGUGCUUGACCGCGCGAAUGCUAGUAAAUGCGGGCUGGGCGCUUCAGUCUGGAGUAAGGAUUUUGACCGUGCUGAGAGAAUGGCUCGUUGUCUAUCGGCUGGUAGUGUGUGGAUUAACUCACAUUUUGAUGUUGCUCCUAACGUUCCUUUUGGUGGCCAUAAAUGGAGCGGAAUUGGCAAGAUUUGA